ACCGGAUUGGGAUGAGAUCGAUAUCUUUUCCGCUUCUCCCAUCAAGACUUCCAACCCUCGCGAUCGAGGAGGAGAUCCGGUGUCGGACAACAUCUUCCUCUUCAAGAACCUGAUUAACGGUCUCAAAACCAUCUUUCACCAGCUCAAGAACUGCAAUCCCGACCAUAUCCAAAUAGAUCCGAACAACGUCCCGAUCAAUUGGUCUGAGGUCUCCUAUGGAUACAAUGCCGAGGAAGUUCGGGUGAUCAAGAAACUAUUCCACGAAGGUGCUCGAGUAUUCAAGUACUAUGGUGUGGACCAGUCACCCCCGGAUGUCAGCUAUUCCUCGCCAUUCGACUUUCUUGCCAGCCAGUACACGGCGCCCAUGUCUCGUGAGGAGAAGGAACUUCUGGAAAGUUUUGGAACCGUCUUUCACUGCAUCGACACUGCGACGUUCCACGAAGUCUUCCACUCGGAGAUCCCCUAUCUCCAUGAGCUCAUGUUCGAACACGGUGCCCUUCUGCAUCUGCCCCAGUUCUUCCUCGCGAGCGAGGCCACAUCACCCGCCUUCUCCGGGAUGGUCCUGCAAUAUCUCAUGGAGCGGAUCCACGAAGUUGGUACCUCUGACAUGACCAAGGCGAAGAUCUUGCUCAGGAUGUUCAAACUCUCGUUCAUGGCCGUCACGCUGUUCUCCGUUCAGAAUGAACAGGUGUUGCAUCCCCAUGUCACCAAGAUUGUCACCAAGUGCAUUGAGCUCUCGGUAACUGCGGAAGAGCCUAUGAAUUACUUCCUCCUUUUGCGCUCCCUCUUCCGCAGCAUUGGUGGUGGCCGCUUUGAGCUUCUGUACAAGGAAAUCCUUCCCUUGCUGGAAAUGCUCCUUGAGACUUUCAAUAAUCUAUUACUCGCAGCGAGGAAGCCGCAAGAGCGUGACUUGUACGUCGAGCUGACUCUUACUGUACCGGCCCGCCUCAGUCAUCUACUGCCACAUCUCAGCUAUCUCAUGCGCCCUAUCGUCGUGGCGCUGCGUGCGGACUCAGACCUAGUAGGACAAGGUCUCCGGACGCUUGAACUGUGCGUGGACAACCUCACAGCUGACUACCUGGACCCUAUCAUGGCCCCGAUCAUGGAUGAAUUGAUGACAGCGCUCUGGGACCAUCUUCGCCCGCACCCCUAUAACCAUUUCCAUGCUCACACGACAAUGAGAAUACUAGGCAAGCUGGGUGGCCGCAACAGGAAGUUCCUUAACCACCCGCCAGAUCUUUCUUUCGAGCAGUAUACCGAUGAUGCGCCGAGCUUUGACAUUAAGCUUAUUGGACCAAGCGAAAAGCGACCGUUCCCCAUCGGAAUUGGCGUGGACCUGGCGAUUGGGAAAUUGAUGGAGUCUCCGAAGACCGCUGAAGCAAAGGCGUCUGACAUCUACUACAAGCAACAGGCCUUCCGCAUGCUCUCUUCCCAGCUGAAGCUUUACAUCGGACAUGAAAACCUUCCGGAUGACCUUGCCUCGCUCAUUCGCUUGCAUGCCAAUGAUCUUUUCGAGAACAAGACUACCGACAUGGGAGACAUCAUGGAUAAGUCCGAUCGGUCCAGCUCCAUUCCGAAGAAGUUGUCACAGGAGGGCUCCUUGAAGAAGCUUCUGAAAGCCUGUAUCUUUGCCACCACCAUUCCGGAGCUCCAACAAACAGCGACUGCUUUCGUUGCCGAGACCUGCAGGCACUUUGCUAUUGUCGAGGUGGGUCGAGCACUGGGUCAAGUUCGGCACACCCGAAAGCCUUUUGAUGUUUCCAGCGGAGAAGGGCCCGUGUACCUUGACUCGCGCGUCCUUGCUGAAGCCGUGGUUGAAUGCCUGUCUUCCGAUAACGCCGAGGUCCGUGAUGGCGCGCAGGCAGCGAUGCAAGUGAUCAAAGAAGCAGCAGCUGUUAUGUUCGGCACACCGGAUCGCGUAUCGAAGUUGCCGUUCUUCCAGCACUUGGGCCGUGUCUUCUGCCACAGCUGUCACAGUGAGGAAUGGUUCACGAAGGCUGGUGGUAGUCUAGGUAUCCACCUCUUCGCAACUCAGCUCGACCUGGGCGAUACAUGGCUCUUCGACAAACAGGCCGAAUUUGUCCGAGCUCUCAUGUACGUGAUCAAGGACACACCAGCCGACCUUCCUGCCAGCACACGCGUACGAGCGCGAGACACUCUAGACUUGAUUCUACGAAAGUGCUCUAAAAAUGUUUCCAAGGAUGACAUGAAGAACGAGAAGAGCCGGCUCUAUUCGCUCUGCGGGUUCUUUGUGUACGAAUUGUCGCAUAUGAACAAGUUUGUCCGUGAGGCGUCUCGCCGAAGUUUCUCGACCAUCGCCGAAGUUCUUGGCUGCCAACUUCACGAGUUGAUCUUCCCCGUCAAAGACCGUCUACUGCAGUCGAUAUUCAACAAACCUUUGCGCGCUCUGCCUUUCUCCACGCAAAUUGGCUUCAUCGAUGCGAUUACCUUUUGCCUGGGCUUGCAUAACAACAUCGUGACUUUCAAUGACCCGCUCAACCGGCUGAUGCUCGAGUCUCUUGCCCUCGCCGAUGCCGAUGACGAGUCUCUGGCGCCCAAGCCCAAUGAGUUCAAGAACGCGGAAAUGAUUGUCAACUUGCGGGUUGCUUGUCUUCGCCUCUUGUCGAUGGCGAUGAGUUUCCAGGAAUUUGCCAACACCCCUCAAAAUACGAGUCGUGCUCGCAUCAUUUCUGUCUUCUUCAAAUCGCUGUACUCACGAUCGCCCGAGGUUAUUGAAGCCGCCAAUGCGGGUCUGAGGGAUGUUCUCACGCAGACCAACAAGCUCCCCAAGGAUCUGCUGCAGAACGGUCUCCGCCCAAUCCUCAUGAAUUUGCAGGAUCCCAAGCGGUUGAGUGUCGCCGGACUCGAUGGACUGGCCCGGUUGUUGACCUUGCUUACCAACUACUUCAAGGUCGAGAUUGGUGCUCGUCUUCUGGACCACAUGAAGGUGAUUGCCGACGACGCUCUCCUGCAAAAGGUGUCUUUCAGCCUUGUCGAGCAGAACCCGCACAUGAAGAUCGUCGCUGCCAUCUUCAAUAUUUUCCACCUGCUCCCCUCGGCUGCAACGUCCUUCAUGGAGCACCUUGUAAAUAAAGUCCUAGACCUUGAGGAGAAGCUCCGCAGGACAUCGAACAGCCCUUUCAGAAAACCGCUCGUCAAGUACCUGAACCGCUAUCCGAAAGAGAGCUUGGCCUUCUUCCAGGCUCGAUUUAAAGAGGAGCGAUUCGGACGCUUCUUUGGACAGGUUCUUGCGGAUCCGGAAAGUGAGGGCUUGCGCGCUGCAGUUGUCGCCGACACCGAAGGUUUCACUUCGGCCGCCUUUGCCCAAGAUGCGGCCGACGGCAAGAACACUGCUGCAAUCAACGGAAUUUAUGUCGUGCAUUCGAUCUGUUCGUUUGAAUCCACCAAGCGCUGGCUGGUUUCGCAUGCGGACCUGAGGACAAAGAUACUGCAUUCUGGACGUGAUUUGGAAAGGAAGUUGCGCAAUGACAAAUUGCCCGCCAAUGAGCGACUGAGAGUCGAGCAGGCCGAAGAUCAACUGAUGGAUGUAUUUACAAUCUAUCUGGCGGAGUCGGUGCAGGACUUGGACUUCAUGUUCGAGGUGAUGGAUGGCUUGUCUGCGGACGAACUGAAGCGCACUCUGGCAUUCCCGAAGUUUAUCUAUCGCCACAUUAUCACCAACGAAUCCAUCGACUAUCGGCGCUCAGUAAUCAUGCGAUGUCUCGAUCUCUACGGCCAGCGCUCGUGCUCGCAGAAGAUGAAGACUUAUGCUUUCCGUCAUCUGGUCAACCCUAUCUUCGCGAUGGACGUUCAGACAACAUGGAACAACCCCCCGAACAGCCCCAAGUUGAUGGACAAGAGCAUGACCGAAUUCAUUCAGAGUCGCCUGUGGAAGCCUCAACUAGCCGAUCUGAGCGAAGAAUCCAACCAAGCUGGUGUCGACCAUUCCCGGAUGGAACUCUUGCAACUAUCUGCUCUGCUGAUCAAGUACCAUCACCAAACCGUGCAAGACUCGCGGAAAGACAUCAUCAAGUUUGCUUGGAACUACAUUCGGCUGGAGGAUAUCAUCAAUAAAUACGGCGCCUAUGUUCUCAUCAGCUAUUUCAUUGCGCAUUAUGAGACGCCGUUCAAGAUUGUUGUCCAGGUGUAUGUUGCUCUGCUGAGGGCACACCAAAACGAGGGCAAAGCACUUGUUACUCAAGCCUUGGACGUUCUGGCUCCUGUGUUGCCCACCAGGAUCUUGGCAGCAAGCAGCAAUGCCCAGACACCGGAUACUCGAUACCCGCUGUGGGCCAAAUGGCCUCGGCGCAUUCUGGCCGAAGAAACGGCCAACCUGCAGCAGGUCAUGUGCAUCUUCCAAUUCCUUGUGCGCCAGCCAGAUUUGUUCUACGAGUCGCGCGAGCAUUUCGUCCCCUUGAUCGUGCCCUCCUUGGUCAAGAUCGCCUCGCCGCCUAAUUCAUCGAACGAAAGCAAGAAGCUCGCUUUGAAUUUGAUCAACCUCAUCUGGCUUUGGGAACAGAAGCGCGUCGAAAGUCAGGCUGCCUUGCCAAAUGGCACGCAUGAAUCGCCAAGCAUGAAGAAACGGAAGCUGGAGGACGGCCAGGCCACGUCGACUCCUUCUCCAGCACUGGGACCUCCUACUUCUCGUGAGCGCUCUGAAUAUAUGGUUCCUUCGGACCUUCGGGCAAACCUGACGAAAUAUCUCAUUUCGUUCAUUACCACCGUUCCCGAGCGGUUCCCUGUUCCUGCUGCCCACAUCCGUGAUCUUCCCUCCAACAAAACGCAGCCGCCCGUCCUCACGGGCGACAUGAUCAAGAAGGCUAUGUACUUGUUGCGAAACCUGCUGUCGCCGGAGUACUGGGGUGAUCUUGACAUUGAGCUAUACCAAAAAGUCACGGAACCCAUCCUCGUGGGAGAGAAGGCGGACAAGCCGGACGAGAAGCACGUCACGAGUAUGGUCAAUGCUUUGCAAGUCGUGAGGGUACUUCUCGCAGCAAAGACCGAUGACUGGAUUACGGCCCGCUUGCCAUUGAUUCAAAAACUGUUCGAGAAACCCUUGCGCUCAGACAACCCAGAAAUCCAGGACUGUCUUCAAGGCUUGGAAGACGAAAUCGACAUCUCCCCCAAGCUUCCACCUCCCGUUAAGCGUGUCCUCGACGCUCUUCCUGACGAUCAACCGGAGGAAGAGGAUGCAAUGGAUGUUGAGAACUCGCCCUCGGAGUUCGUAACGUACUUGUCCGCCAUCGCCACCGAGACCCUUUCAGCAAAUAACUACGUUUCGAGCCUGAAUGUUCUUUGGACGCUGUCCAAGAGCAAGCCCGCUGAGAUGGAUGCUCAUAUCGCAUCGGUCAUGAAGGCAUUCUCCCAGAAACUAGCAAAGGAGCAUGUUGCGGCCUCCACGAGCAACAAUGGCCAAAACAACAAUGGCCAAAACAGUAACGGACAGAACAAUGGUGCCAAGCCCGCAGAAGGAGUGCCUGAUCAGCAAGAAUAUGAAAUUGGAGUUGACCUCAUCUUCAAGACCAUUGAGUUGAUCUCUGUACGCAUGUCCAACCUUGGAGAGCAAAGGCGGCCUUUCCUGAGUGUGUUGGCGCAACUCGUGGAGCGAUCCCAGAAUAUCAAACUGUGCAGCAAGGUGCUCGGUAUGGUCGAGAGCUGGAUCUUCCAAUCGACGGAGUCUUGGCCGACCUUGAAAGAGAAGACGGCGGUCUUGCACAAGAUGUUGCUCUUCGAGUCGAGAUCAGACCACACAAUGCUGAAGAAGUUCCUGGAUCUGGUUAUUCGAAUCUACGAGGAUUCCAAGAUCACACGGACUGAGCUGACGGUCCGACUGGAGCAUGCUUUCUUGAUUGGUACCAGGACGGAGGAUGUGGAUAUGCGCAAUCGGUUCAUGACAAUCUUCGACCGCAGUCUGACCCGCCUUGCUAGCUCGCGACUGAGUUAUGUGCUUACCUGCCAAAACUGGGACACUCUUCAAGAUUCUUUCUGGCUGUCGCAGGCGGCCCAUUUGGUUCUGGGCUGCGUUGACAUGAAUGGCCCGGCGAAGCUCCAUCCGGACGAUUACACUGUUUACCCGGUGUCCUUCCUCUACAGCAACGCUGAAAAGGAUUCAAGAAAGGGUGAUGUCAUGGUUGAUGCUCAGCUGGAAGCUUUUGUCACGGAGCGAAGGCGGUUCGUGUCUGAACUUGGUGAUGUCAAAGCUCGCGAUCUGAUGGAGCCGCUCUGCCAACUCCAGCACACUGAUCCCAAUGUUGCCUAUACCCUCUGGACCAAUCUCUUCACCAUCUUCUGGUCUACCUUGUCGAGGGAGGAUCGCAUUGACCUGGAGAAGGGGAUGGUAACUCUCAUCACUCGCGAAUACCAUCGAGGACAAUUGGACAAGAGGCCCAACGUUGUACAAGCUUUGCUGGAAGGCGCCGUUCGAGCCAAACCUCGCUUCAAGAUCCCUCCGCAUGUGAUGAAGUAUCUGAGUCGCACCUAUGACGCCUGGUACACUGCGGCAACUUAUUUGGAGGAAACGGCAAUAAACCCCAUCAUUGACACGCCAACCGUUCGUGAAAGCAAUCUUGAUGCUUUGGUUGAGGUCUACGCCGGCUUGCAGGAAGAUGAUUUCUUCUAUGGGACCUGGCGGCGGCGCUGCAAAUUUGUUGAGACGAACGCUGCUAUUUCUUAUGAACAACAAGGGAUGUGGGACAAAUCUCAGCAAUUAUACGAGAAUGCGCAGAUCAAAGCACGCUCAGGCGCAAUGCCAUUCUCUCAGGGCGAAUACUACCUGUGGGAGGACCAUUGGUUGAUCUGUGCCCAGAAGCUGCAGCAAUGGGAGAUACUCAGCGAUUUUGCCAAGCACGAAAACUUGAACGAUCUUCUGCUGGAGGCCGCGUGGAGGAACAUCGAGAACUGGCAGAGCGACGGAAAUAGAGAGCAGCUCGAGUCACUGAUCAAAUCCGUCUCUGACGCCCCCACACCAAGACGAACCUUCUUCCAGGCGUUCAUGGCGCUGCUUCAGUUCCACAUCAAGAAAGACAACCUGCAGGACUUCAACGGUGUUUGUGACGAGUCAAUUCAGCUGUCCAUUCGCAAAUGGCUUCAACUGCCCAAGAGGAUUACCAAUGCUCAUAUUCCGAUCUUGCAGCACUUCCAACUUCUGGUCGAGUUGCACGACGCAAGUCACAUCUGCGGGAGCCUAGCGCAGACCAACGACCGGAACCUGGACACGAAAUCUGCAGAGCUGAAGCUGCUGUUGGGAACUUGGCGGGACCGUCUCCCCAACCUGUGGGAUGAUAUCAAUGCCUGGCAAGACCUUGUUACUUGGCGCCAGCAUAUCUUCCAGCUAAUAAAUGCCACCUAUCUGGGCUUGCUACCCCCCCAGACGAACAACGUGGCAAGCAACUCCUAUGCUUACCGUGGAUAUCAUGAGACGGCAUGGAUCAUCAACCGCUUCGCUCAUGUCGCUCGUAAGCACCAAAUGCCCGAGGUCUGCAUCAACCAACUCAGCCGCAUCUAUACCCUGCCGAAUAUUGAGAUUCAGGAGGCGUUCCUCAAGCUGCGAGAGCAAGCAAAGUGCCACUACCAGAACCCCAAGGAAUUGAAUAGUGGAUUGGAUGUCAUCAACAAUACGAAUCUGAACUAUUUCGGUGCGCAGCAGAAGGCCGAGUUCUACACUCUCAAGGGCAUGUUCCUCGCCAAGCUCAACCAUGUCAACGAGGCGAAUGAGGCAUUUGGCGUCGCGCUCUAUUACGAUCUGCGACUUGCCAAAGCCUGGUCUGAGUGGGGCCAGUACAGCGACCAGCGAUUCAAGUCCGACUCGUCGGAUUACGAAUUGGCCAGCAAUGCCGUUAGCUGCUACCUGGAGGCUGCUGGACUUUACAAGAAUUCCAAGUCCCGGAAGCUGCUCAGUCGGAUCCUCUGGCUCCUUAGUCUGGACAAUGACGAAGGACGCGUGGCGAACGCCUUUGAAAACUUCAAGGGCGAAACUCCCGUCUGGUACUGGAUCACGUUCAUCCCCCAGCUGCUCACCAGCUUGUCGCAUCGUGAGGCUCGCCUCUGCAAGGCUGUUCUGGUCAAGAUCGCCAAGUUGUACCCUCAAGCUCUUUUCUUCUUGCUCCGUACAAACCGAGAAGACAUGCUGAACAUUAAGAAGCAGCACGAUCAAAAGCAGGAGAAACUGAACCGGGCUAGACAGCAGCAGCAACAGCAGCAGCAUGCUUCGCCGCAGCCCAAGCCUUCCCCGGCGGUCGCCGAUGGCUCGCCUAUGCAAAACUCCCAAGCCAACGCCGGCCAGGGCGCGCAGCCGAACAACCAGCAGCAGGUGCAAAACCAGGCCCAGCAGCAUCCCCAGGGACUGCCUCAAGGACAGAGCCCUCAGAUCAACAACCAGGCCCAAGCCCAGCAAUCUCCUGCCCAGAAUCAGAUGCAGUUGCCUCAAGGCCAGAAUGGCACGCCAAACCAGGGCCAGAACCCAAUGCAACAGCCUCAAGGGCAGCAGAAUCACCUUCAGGUUCCUCCUGGCGCCAACGGAACGCCACAGCAAAACCAGAACCCUGGCACCGAGGUGGAGAAGGAACCUCUCAAGAAACCAUGGGAGUAUUCCGACGAGAUAAUGUCCGGCCUCAAGACAGCUUUCCCAUUGCUUGCGCUGUCGAUGGAGACAAUGGUCGAUCAGAUUCACAAGAACUUCAAGUGUCCUCCGGACGAGGAUGCUUAUCGUCUGAUUGUUGCUCUUCUGAACGAUGGACUGGCGUAUGUUGGCCGCAUGCCGGGCUCGUAUGCGCAGGACUUCAAACUGCCUGCCGCCACCGAGGCCAACAUCACUCGCUUCGCGGAGACUAUCUUGCCAGCUCACAUCCGCAAGUCCUUCGAGGCUGACUUUGUUGUCAAGAAGCCGACCAUGUAUGAAUACAUCCAGAAGCUGCGUCGCUGGCGAGACAAAUUUGAGGAGAAGCUCGACCGUCGACCUCAGUCUCAAUUCUUAGAGAGCUACUCGCCUCACCUCAGUGAGUUCCGAUUCCUCAAAUUCGACGAGGUCGAGGUGCCCGGCCAGUACCUGCUGCACAAGGACAAGAACCAGGACUUCGUUCGCAUCGAUCGGUUCUUGCCUGAUAUCGAUCUGGUGCGCGGUAUCGGUGUCUGCCACCGUCGCCUGAAGAUCCGAGGUCAUGAUGGCAGCGUGCAUCCUUUCGCUGUCCAGCACCCGGCGGCUCGUCAUUGCCGACGGGAGGAGCGGAUCCUGCAGCUCUUCCGUAUCUUCAACGGUCUGUUGGGCAAACGCAAGGAAAGCCGACGACGCAACCUGUACUUCCACCUUCCACUUAUGGUUCCGUUGGCUCCUCACAUCCGUCUGGUUCGUGAUGACCCGUCGUACAUCUCCAUGCAAGGAAUCUAUGAGGAUUACUGCCGCCGGGUUGGCAUCAACAAGGACGAUCCUGUUCUUUUCACCAUGGAGAAGAUGAGGUCGUUGGCAGAGACCAAGCAAAACGUAAGUACACCUUGUGAUCGCACGGUGGACACGACUGACAUUUUACAGCGCACGCCCGAUCAACAGCAACUCCUUCGAGGCGAGAUACUCACAGCCAUUCAGGAGAAAUGGGUUCCGAAUACCGUUGUACUGGAUUACUUCCAGAACACAUACCCCAAUUUCGCGGACUUCUGGCUUUUCCGCCGGCAGUUUACCUACCAAUACGCUGCAAUCGCGUUCAUGACCUACGUCAUGCACAUGGGUAACCGGUACCCCAACAAGAUCAUGAUCUCGAGGACGACGGGUGAUAUCUGGGGCUCUGAGCUCAUUCCCGCCAUCAACCCUGCCAAGGCCUUCUUCUACAAUCCCGAGCAGGUGCCUUUCCGAUUCACGCCCAACAUCCAAACGCUUUUGGGGCCCAUUGCCACCGAGGGUCUCUUUGCGUGCGCAUUGAUGGCAAUUGCGCGAUGCCUGACCGAGCCCAGACACGAGCUCGAGCAGCAACUCAGCAUCUUCGUGCGCGACGAGAUGAUGUUCUGGGCUACGGCUCAGCAUCGUGGUUCUCUGCCCGUCCCGCAGCUCCGCGAUCUGGUUUUCAACAACAGCGAUGUGAUCGUCAACCGAGCCGUCAGCCUUGCCAGUCCUCCUGAAGGCAACCUUCCUGCCAACCAAACCACUAUCGACCUCAUCUCCAAGGCUGUGAAUCCCCAGCAUCUGGCUUCCUGCGACGCUCUGUGGAUGCCGUACCUUUAGAGCGCAAGAAAAAUCCUUCUGUCCGUCUGUAUUAUCUUUUCGUUGCGUGGCGUUUGAUUGCUUGCCACUCUUGUUCUAUCCUACGGGAUUAUCUAUUAAGGAUGUUGCUCAUGGAUUGAGUGGGCUUCGUGAUAUCAGUUAUUCUUUGUUCUAGCGUGGCGCUCAGGGUCAAAAUCUUUGAUGGAUGUGUCUACGACAUUUUUUUGAUCUUAUUUCCUGUUCUGUUUUAUUCUUGCGAUUGUAUCAU